UUUUCCCAGGGGCGAGGCUGAAUCGCCGAUAUUUCCAGGGAGGCCGAGCGAAGGCUGGAGUGGGGGGGGGAAAGAGACGCAGAUGCGGGAACGUCCGCUGCUAAGUAGCCCUGGAUCCACCGGCACCGCGCGGUCGAAGCCGGGCCGGAGCGCUUUGCUUAGCAACCGGCUGAGGAAAAAAUAAUAAAAAUAAAAAGGCGGCGAGGUUUUGGCGCGGCGGCUGAAGAGAAAAAAGCCUGGUGGGCUGAAUGCAUCGCUUGGGCGUCCGCGGAAGGACCCACCGCCGCUCCGGGCUUUAGGUCCGGUCUCUUACUCCGGGCUUGUGGGCCGUCCCCGGGAGACUAUGCGGUCUGGGAAGCCUCCUUACAUCUUCGCCGUCUUCGUGCUGAGCGGUCUCUCGGCGCUGCUGCUCCUGUUCCUCGGGCAACCUCCCCCGGACUCCAAACAGACGCCGCCGGCUGGGUUACCCCGCCUGCCUCAGCUCCGGGAGAGCGAGUUCCUCCGGCGCGCCUGUAGGGCUCUGGCUCAGGGGCAGCAUACCUUCGUUUGGGGAAACUAUCUGCGGACGUCGUUGAACAGAGCCGCCUCCUGCGAAGAUUACGUGACGGGGAGCCACUAUGUGACCAGACCCGUCACUGCCGAAGAGGCCGCCUUUCCCUUGGCCUACAUCUUCACCCUCCACAAAGAGCUGGCCACCUUCGAGCGGCUCUUCAGGGCUAUUUACGCGCCCCACAAUGUCUACUGCGUCCACGUGGAUGAGAAAGUGCCCGCCAGUUACAAGCAAGAGGUGGAGAAAGUGCUGGAGUGCUUCCCCAAUGCCUUCCUGGUCUCCAAAGCGGAGCCUGUGGUUUACGCUGGCAUCUCCAGGCUUCAGGCUGAUUUGAACUGCAUGAAAGACCUGCUGAGAUCCCCCACCCAGUGGAAAUACGUCCUCAACAUGUGUGGGCAAGAUUUCCCCCUGAAAACCAACAAGGAGAUUGUCCAGCACCUGAAAAAGUUUAAAGGGAAGAACCUCACCCCUGGCAUCCUCCCCCCACCUUCCAUAACUUUAAGGACCAAAUUUGUUUACAAGGAGCACAUAGGCAAGCAAGCUUCCUACAUGAGAAGGACUGAGAUCCUAAAAUCGCCACCUCCCCACAACCUCACUAUCUACUUUGGGUCUGCCUAUAUUGCUCUCACUAGGCCUUUUGUGGAGUUCCUUUUCAAUGACUCAAGGGCCAUUGAUUUGCUGCAAUGGUCCAAAGACACUUACAGCCCCGACGAACACUUUUGGGUAACACUCAAUCGGAUUCCAGGUGUCCCCGGUGCCAUGCCGAAUGCGACAUGGGAAGGUAACUUGAGAGCUGUGAAAUGGAGCGAUGCAGAAAAGAGUCACGGAGGAUGCCAUGGUCAUUAUGUCAGAAGCAUAUGUAUCUAUGGAACUGGUGACUUGCCAUGGCUGCUGAAAUCCAAAAAUUUAUUUGCUAACAAAUUUGAACUCAAAACAUAUCCACCCACUGUAGAAUGCCUGGAAUUGAAACUUCGGGAAAGAGCAUUGAAUCAAAGUGAAAUACCAGUUGAACCAAGUUGGUACUUUUAAUUUAAAAAAAAAAACUUAUUGGGGAAGACGGAUAAUAAUAAAAACUGAUCCUUUUAGAACAACUGUUUUUGCCUUGACAUGAAGCAUUUUUUUUUUUUUUGGAUGUUCAAUAUGGAUACUUUUUUUAAUACAUGAAAAAUCUUUGCAUUUUACCGGACCUAAGGAUUCUGCACCAUCUUUAUAUUUCAUUGAAUUUUAUUCAAUUUUUUUUAAAAAAUGUGGUGCUCAUUUCGGAACAGGAUUCUCCUUUUCUUCCAUUUACUGUUUGCUAAUACCCUCAGGGAAUAAAAAAUUAUGAAUAACGAAGUUAAAGAGUAAAUUCAGAUUAUCUUACUAACUGAUGAUGGUUUAAAUGGAAGGAUUAAGACUUUCGUCAUGGAAGAUUCAAAGAUGGGAGUUUGUCGUCUAGCUCAGCUUGCUAUCUGCACCACCUAAGUUUGCUUCUACCUGUACUCUACCUGUUACUACUUGCUUCUGAAUAGGCCAAAUUCUUAGACUCUGCUUUUUCUAUUAUCUGCUAAAUUUGGAAAAAUGGCCUUCUGUACUACUGAAGACCUAUCCACUUUAACAGCAGCAAAUCAGCCUGUGAAUCAGGGUAGGAUAGAAGAUCCGAAAGACUGAAUAAGAGUGUAUAUUUUAAAGAGUAAAAUAUUCACUGGAAAAAUACAUUAAUAUUAUAUUGAUUGUAUGUUUCUACUUUUAUAAAGUUUUGCUUGGCCACUUAAUGAUCCCAGAAAUUAUGUAAAGAAGAGCUUCUAGGUGUACAGAAAUAAUUUAAGAUGGACCAAUGUUUUUUUUAUUUAGGAAGCUAUCACUUAUCUUCAAAGCAAAAGUGCUAACAUUGUCUUUUAUACCAUCUGCUAAUCUGUAAGUCAUUUUCAUUGUUCUUUAGGCAACCUUUCUGGACACAAUUUGAAUUUCAUCCCAUCUACUAUGGAAAAUGUAAAGGAAGAAAUAGCAAUAUAUACUAAAAGUUUUAGGGUGGAAAAAAAAACACUCAAAAGUCCACUUUUUCUGGAGCAACACAGAAAAAAAAUCUUUAUAUUUUAGUUUGAAUAUUAAAAUUCUACCAGGAAAUACCAUGAAAGAUAUUUAUGGCAAUCAUUACACUAAUAAAUAUCUAUCUUUGCAGCAGUCCUUUAAUCAUCAUAUAAUUUCAGUGUCACUAUUUCUAUUGUCUGUAUAUUUCUAUUGUCUAUAUAUUGUCUUAUAUUGUCUGUGUCCCCAUUAUUCUUUCUUAGUUGUUUUACUUUUAACUGAAAUGGAAUUAUUUUUUCCCAUAAAAACAUGGGUUUGCCGACAUUCACUGAUUGAAGGUUAUUGACUGUGAUUCUUUUUUAUUUUAAAAAAUUCAGUUGGCUAAUUUAAUAAAGUAGUAUUCAUCAAACACUGUA